AUGAAUGAAUUCUUGGGCCGCCAGGAUUGUAUUGAAAGUCUGCGAAAAGAUUUGGUGGAUCUACAAGGAGCUAUUUUAGACGUGUUUUCUCGAACGGGUCCUGUGCGCUUUACCUCCUGGAAAUUCCCCGAUAAACUGUCCUGUAAUCUGGACAUGGUUGCUCUGUUGGACCAGUAUGACUUCAUAGAAGGAGAGGACAUAUUCAAUCAGCACUCCCACAUUGUUUUACUGGAGCUUGUGAUUGACAGACUGCUGCUUCUUCUACAAAGUUUCAGUGUUUUUGUGGAUCAAGGGCCAAACUCAUUCAAGACAAAUCAAAAUCAGGAGAAGAACGGAUUUGUGUCGCUUGGCCUUGUGGUCAGAAACUAUUGGAGUAAUUUGGUAACAUAUAAGGUAUGUACAUUGAGAACCCAGAUUCUUAUUGAUUCGAUGCUUUUCAUCUAAACUUUGUUUUAUUUCAGGCUUCCUACAAAAAAACAUGCACUUUGU